AAGCAUGUCCCUUGUCCAUGGCCUGCCAUCUGAAAACACUCAGUCAAAUGUCGCCGGCAAUAGCUUAAAAAGGAGGAACGGGGGUCGGCUUUUAGUGCCCUCCUCUCCAUUGUUUCGAAAUAGUAUUCCCUCAAACACCAGUUCCAUUUCGUAACAGCACGCUCGCAAGGUAUAUCCCUUGACCCCACUCAACAGUCCCCACUAUUUACUCCCACUAAGCUAUAAGCCACAUAGUUUACAGAUAUACAAUGCGCCUCUCGCUCCUCGCUGCGUGUGCUUCCUCUGCUGCCCUCGCCUUCUCUGGCUCUGCUGCUGCUCAAGACAGCGCCUCUUGCUCCCCUGACACCAUAUCGUGCCAGAGCUCAUCGCCAAGCGUCGACACAUGCUGCUCUCCCAAGAACGGUGUCGUCGUACUUGUCCAGCAGUGGUUCAAGGGCCUUGGCCCAGAUGACCAGUUCACACUGCACGGUCUGUGGCCCAAUACCUGCUCCGGCGCCCAGACCGGCAACAAUGGCUGCGACGACUCGCGCCUGUACCCGGACCUUGGCACAAUCAUCCAGGGCUUCAACUCCACGCUAUACGACCAACUGAACACAUACUGGCCGUCCUACAAGGGCGACAACCCUGCGUUCUGGUCACACGAGUGGAACAAGCACGGGACCUGCGUAACAACUCUGGACCCCAGCUGCUACACCGACUACAAGAAGUACCAGGAUGUCAACGACUAUUUUACAAAGGUCCUGAGCCUGCGCAAACAGUAUGACUACUAUGGUGUAUUGGCUAAGGCUGGCAUUACCCCUGGCUCAGGCAAGACAUACAAGUCUUCACAGUUCAAGGCUGCUAUCAAGGCUGCGCUAGGAGUUGACGUUGCAAUCAAGUGCCAAAACGGCGCCCUCAACGAAAUCUGGGCUUGGUUUAACGUGCAGGGCACAGAUAACUAUAUCCCGACACGCACCUGGGCCAAGGACUCGUGCACCUCCUUUACUUAUAGCAACAAGAACUAAUGCGGUAUAUCCUGCUGCGCAUAAAUAAUACGCGUGUACCUACUGCGACAUGCCCAGCAUG